AUAAUAAUCCCUCCGGCCGGUCCAAACUCCAAACGCGAACGGCAAGAAGGAACGUUCAAGUUGCUGCCGCCCGCCAUUUAAAAACAGCCAGUGGAAGGGCUCACAUUAACCUCCUCUCACCAUGAAACCAGACCGCACUCCAAUGCAGCGCAGGCCCCGCCUCCCACCCAAACCACGUACAGUGGAAAGAAAAGUGGAGCAGGAUCCAGUGGAGGUGUUCUGCCGCAUCCGUCCUGCAGAAAUACCAGGGCAGGAGGAGUGUAUUGCAGAGGUGGAUAGUCGCACAGUGAAGCUUACACCACCAAACUCCUCCUUUGCAUAUCGCAAUGGCAGUGCCAAGGAACAGUUGUACAAAUUUGAGAGAGUUUUCGGUCCUAGUUCUUCCCAGAAGGAACUUUUCUCACGGGUUGCCAUGCCCCUCGUGUCAGACCUUGUCAAUGGAAGAAAUGGCCUCCUCUUUGCUUAUGGUGUUACUGGCUCGGGAAAGACUUACACCAUGCAGGGCACACCACAGGAUGGGGGCAUCAUCCGCCGCACACUGGAUGUACUGUUCAACUCAAUUCAGGACUACCAGGCAAGCCGCUUUACCUUCCGCCCCGAUGGAAUGAAUGGCUUUGACGCUCAAAGUGAGGUGGAGGCACAGAAUGACCGACGGAAGGCAGCAGCCACACCACGGCUGCGACCCAUGGCAGGUGGAAGAACCACUAGGGGGAGGAAGGAUCCCCCAGGCUCCCAAGACAGCUCUCAGCGUAUUCCUGACACUUCUCGCAUUAAUAGUGUGGAUGAAGAUAAUGUGUAUUCCGUAUUCAUCUCCUACAUUGAAAUAUACAACAACUACCUGUAUGACUUAUUAGAAGAGCUACCCGAAACUGGGCCCUCUAGGGGCCUACAGACAAAGAUCAUCCGUGAAGAUGCCCAACAUAACAUGUAUGUCCAUGCAUGCACUGAAGUGGAGGUGAAGAGUCCUGAGGAUGGCCUGGAGGUGCUGUACCGUGGCCUCAAGCGGAGGAAGAUUGCCUCAACACGUCUCAACUGCGAGUCAUCACGCUCACACUCCAUCUUCACUAUCAGGCUGUUACAGGCACCCCUUGAUGCACAGGGAGAGGAUGUGGUGACAGACAAGAGUGCCAUUGUAGUAUCACAACUAUCCCUGGUGGAUUUGGCUGGUUCAGAGCGGAAUUUGCGUACCAAGGCAGCUGGUGAUAGAAUCAAGGAGGCAGGUAAUAUCAACAACUCACUGAUGAACCUGCGCAUCUGUAUUGAGAUCUUGCGUGAGAAUCAGGAGACAGGUGGCAACAAGAAGGUACCUUACCGAGACUCAAAGCUUACCCACUACUUCAAAAACUUCUUUGAUGGAGAUGGCAAAGUGCGCAUGGUCGUGUGUGUCAAUCCCAGAUCUGAUGACUAUGAUGAGACACUGACAGUGAUGAAGUUUGCUGAGCUUGCAUCAGAGGUACAAAUCCAAAGGUCACAGCCAGCACGGCGUGACCUUGGGUUGCCACCGGGCCGACGCCGUGCCAACCAGCUGUUUAAGGAGGUGCGCAAGAAGCUGGAGGAUGAGGUGGAGGGUGCCGGUGUGGAGGCUCUGGAAGUUGACCUUGCUCCAAUCUACUCGCUGGCUCCUGAUUGGCCUGUGCUUACCUCCUCUACCCCUGGAGGAUUGGAGGAGGUGAUCAGUCGCCUCAAGGCUCACCUCAGGAAGAGAUUGCAGAGCAGGGAACGCCUGGAAAAGAAUUUCUGGGGGACUGUGGCAGCAAUGAGGUCAGGCAUUGCAGAAAUGGAAAAAGAAAACCUAGUCAUGAAAAAGGAGUUGACCAGCAUGCGGGCACUCUACUCAGAUGCGAUGGGACGAGUACGCAGCCUCGAGAAUCUCCUUCACAAUGCAGAAUCUGCCAAUGAGUCACUCCAGAGGAAGCUAGAGGACCAAGCUUUCUUGAGGGAUGAGUGUGAAGCAGUGAAAGAGGAGAGGGACAUGGCCAAGGUACAAAGCCAGAUUGAAAAACAGAGAAUGAAAGCAAAACUGAGGACAAAGUUGGAACAGGAAAAAAUGAAACUGAAAUCCACCCUUAACACUGAACUCCAUCAUCAAAAGUCCAAGAUCUACCAGAGUCAAGUGAAGGCCCUUAAGCAAGCCCUCUUUAGUGACAAGCAGACUGUUCCCACCGCCCCUCUUCAGCCUUCCACCACUUCCUCCUCUGACACUGACCUUACUGCCAUUCCUGACAAGACCCCCAUCAAGGCCUCCACUUCUGACCCAAAACUCAAUAUGACCCCAGCAUCUCACAGGACACCAGCAGUUGUGAACUUGCGACACAGGCGUUCUCGGUCACAAGGAUCUGAUGUAUGGAUUGACCAUCGGCCCACUCAGGAGGUCCCCACAGGAACAGUCCUGCAGCCCAACCUCCAUCGUCGCAAAUCAGUCACCAAGUUGAAGUCUGGUGACUUUACUGACCCUCGCACCACAAACUACUGCUUGACAACUCAGGAACAGGACUCACAAGGAGAACUGGAGACGAAACUGUUCAAGGGUGAAGUCUUACCUACAGCUGGUGGUGGAGCACAAGUAGUUCUCAGAGAUGUUGAAAUUCUACACCAGUGUGAUCCUCUUCACCAUCAAUCCACCCCAAACCGCAAGCGUUCCUCCACUGAAGGGACUCCAUUGCAAGACAGAGGUGUUUGGGGCUCACAAAAGAGACCAAGGGUGUAAAAAAGUAUAUGGAAGUAUAUUUGGGGGAUGAACGUAUGUAUUCUGAUGUAUGAGUACUCGUAUAUUGCUUUUAGUUUGAGUGUGUAUUGUCUUUAUAUUCUUCUAACACUAUACCCAACUUAACAUUAUCAUUUAACAUUAUUAUUCACUCAUACAGAGUACAUACAGAAUUUUUUGGCAAGCACAAACUUACAAAGAUCCAUUUUGAGUAAGGUGGGAAAUUAGAAGUGUAUAAUAAGUUAUCACUGAGGGUCUGCUUGUCAAAAUUUUUAUCAUUUACCAUUAUUUUUUACUUUAUAAUGAUUUUAUAUAUGCACCUAUAUGUUUUUAGUAAAAGCUUGAGGGAAUUCCUUUUAAUGAUCUGUAAACUAACUACAUUCAGCUGGCACCUAUGGGAUUUUUGCUUGGUAAAUAAAUAUCUUGUUUGGCAGUUUAUUUAAAUAUGAUUAGAUAAGUUACUUUAAAUAAUCAAACUCACCCAUUACUAUCAAAUAUGUCAUGUGUUUUAUCUACUGAUGAAGUAAGGACUAUUUUGUCCUGAUUUUUGGCACCUGUUUUGGUGCCACAUUUGGCAAGAGAAGAAAGCUACCCAGGAUCAAUUUUACAGUUAAAAAUUUUCAUAUUGAGUAUUUACAAAAUGAAGACAAUUCAUCAUUAUUUGCACUUCAUUGUUGGAGACUUAACUAAUCCCUGAUGACUUACUCAGUGUCAUCCUCUCUUGCCAAAGCAGUUACCUACACUUUCUCAUCAAAAUGUACUUGACCUAGGGGCAAAAAAGUUGCCUAUUUUUUGUGGUCAGCAACUCAAAUUUCUGUUACAUUCAGCCUCUUGUAACUACACACACUUAGCCAAUCAGUUUUCUGGUUGAUGGCAGUCCUAUUCUGGAACAGCAAUCAGAUAGGCUGUAGCAUUCAGCAUGCCUUGGCCCUCCUAUCAAGGCACUUAAUUGAAUCUUUUGCUCGAGGAAUAACCAGUAAUCACAAGGAGUCAUUUGUUAAGAGUAUAAAUACUGAUGAACCUGUUCGAGAUAUUUGGUGAUUGACAAGAAUUCAUGGAUCAGGCUGUGAAACUGGACCUGUAGGAAUUGGCAAACUGUCUUUUGCUGGAACUCAGUCUUUGCACAUGAUCAGGAUUUUGUCAAACAUUGAAUUCUUUGGAUUCACAAGGCUCCUUACUUUUCUAAACAUGGCCUCUUAAGAGCUGGCUGUUCUUUAUGGUGAAGAUGCUGAAGAGGAUCUCUGGCUUAGCCAAGAAGGCAUAACAGAAUCCAACAUAGCCAUUCUAGAACAGUUUCCAUUGAUGGAAAGACUAAUAGGCUAAGUAUGUAGAGUACAUGGGGGGACAUUUAGAAGGAAAUUAACACCCAUACCCAUAGGAUGCUUGGAUAAUAGCUACUUGGGAGUUUCCUGUAUUGCCUAGGCAUAUAUGAAAUAAAUAUUCAAUAUUAAUA